CAACCCCCCGGCGAGAUGGCGCUUCUCUGACCUUUUAUUUUUUUUACCCUUUUUAAAGUCUUCUCUUAUUUAUUUUUUUUUAUAUAUAUGAUUUCCAACCUUUUAAGAGGAGAAGCGUUAUCACAAUGACAGAGACUUAUAAAGUCCGAGCCCUCCUGGUUUUCACCAUAGCAGCCUGCAGUCGAUUCGAUCCUGCCCUCUGCUCCGCUCGAUGUGGGCGUUCCCUUCAAGUGUUUGACGACAAAGUGGGACAGAUCAUGAGUUCUGCGUACCACAGCUGGUCGUAUCGCUUCGGCUCCAUCUAUGACUGCUGGAUCAUCAACGGUCGGGAAGGAGAACCCAUCGUUCUCAGCUUUUCCCAGUUUUCAGCACGAUGUAGAAAGGAGUCAGUGUCUAUAAAAUCCUCCGCUGGCGGUGAGCCGGUGGUCCUUUGUGGAUCCAAGCUGCCGCAGCCAAUUGAGUUCCCUGGGGGAAAUAUUACAGUGAUGCACCACUUCCUCCCACAUUUGUUCCCUGUGUCAUCGUUUCUCUUGAACUAUGCCAGAGACACUGGUGAAUGUCCUCUGACAUCUUUUGAAUGCCUCGGGGGCCGUUGCCUUCCCCUCUCCUGGCGCUGUAACGGCCAGGUGGAGUGUCUCGGUGAAGGUCCGGGUCUCAGUUCAGACGAACAGGGCUGCGAUGGAGACGAGGGAACUCCAGCCCCCUCAAAGCAGGGCAGCACACAGGAAGUAGGAACUAAAAAGGAAAUGAAUACCGAGAGAAACCAUGACAGGGAUUUUGAGAAACUUCUCAUGGAUAAGAGUCAGAGCUCAGAAAGGUCAGAGGACAGAUACGCUGACUCUGAUCUGUGGGCGGAGGAGGAGGCCCAGGUGGAUCGAGGUCAGCCUCCGACCCAUAAGGAGCUCGCUGUGACACCAAGUCCCAUUUUGUGGCCCUGUGGAGGGCUCCUACAGACCUUUUAUGGGACAUUCUCCCCCCCGGCCAAUCGGGGUACUGCUCUGCUCUGUGUCUGGACUCUGGACCCUCAGGAUUCCCGGCCCCUCAGAUUGGAUCUGCAGCAGCUUCUCCUGGGGUCCAGGGACAGACUCACCAUCUACAACAGAGCGCAAGGCGAAGGAGAUGUUAUUAAACUUAUCACCAGCGCCUCCAAUUACAAAACAGUCCAAGCCGAGUCCCACACUGGCGUCCUGUCGUUGGUGUAUGAGACGCUCUCUGGCUCAGAGGGGAGCGGGUUUAACGCCACGUUCCACGUCGGGAGCUACUGCCCCCCAUGGGAGGGUCGGUGUGGGGGGGCGUCAGGUGGCUGCUUCACCCAGGAGCAACGCUGUGAUGGGAGAUGGGACUGCUCCGAGACGGGGCAGGACGAGGAGGGAUGCCGAGGCUGCAGUCCCAACCAGUUUGCGUGUGGAGUGGUGGGACAGAGGAUGGUGGCCUCCAGCCACUUUGCUGGCCGGCCAGUGUGUUACCCGGCCACGGAGAGGUGCAACUACCAGCUGUACUGUGCUGACGGCAGCGACGAGAGGGACUGCACCGUGUGCCAGCCGGGGACCUUCCACUGUGACAGUGACAGGUGUGUGUUCGAGAGCUGGCGCUGUGACGGCCAGGUCGACUGCAAGGACGGCACGGACGAGCUCAACUGCACCGUCAUCCUGCCGCGCAAGGUCAUCACCGCGGCCACGGUCGGCAGCCUGGUGUGCGGGCUCCUGCUUGUGAUCGCCAUGGGCUGCACCUGUAAACUGUACUCGCUCAGGACCCGGGAGUACAGCCUGUUUGCUCCAAUCAGCCGCCAGGAAGCAGAACUGAUCCAGCAGCAGGCUCCUCCGUCCUACGGUCAGCUGAUCGCCCAGGGCAUCAUCCCGCCGGUGGAGGACUUCCCCACGGAGAACCCCAAUGAGACCUCGUCUCUUUCUCUGAGGGGAAUCCUCCAGCUCCUCCGUCAGGACGCGGCCAACUCCCCUCACCGCAGACGCAGGCCCCGCUUCGUCCGCCGGGCCGUCCGCCGCAUGAGGCGCUGGGGUCUGAUCCCCAGACCUCCCUCCAGGCCGACCCAGACGUCCGGCUCCGGCCAGCAGCAGGCAGACGCCGCCCCCUCUGGCCAGGAGCCGGCGCUCUCCACUCCCACCAGCGCCUCUCUGGCCGUGGAGGCGCUGAACCAGCCGGUGCCUCAGAAACUCGGCUUGUUGGCUCAGGCCGAGCUGCAGCAGCAUCAGGACGACGACGACGUGCCGCCUCUUCUGCUGUCGCUGCCCCCGCCGCCCGUCGCCUCCCCCCCUCCCCCUCCGUACGCUCCCCCAGCCCCGCCCCCGUCCCUCUCGUUCACUCCCCCCGUCACCGUGCCCCCGAGCAGCCCCUCUCUUGCCUCCAUCUUCCACACCCUGGGCCUGAGUAUCUCCCUCUUCCGGGCGUCGCCCUCGUCCUCCUCCACCAACUCCAUGCCCCUCUCCGCCUCCCCCUCCUUCUCCUCCUUCUCCUCCUCAGAUGACGAGGUGCUGCUCAUCCCUCUCUCCGAGGACACCACCUCAGAGGAUGACGUGCCCAUGCUCACCUGAACGGCUUCCUCCCUCGCCCGGGGACUCACGCCCCUUCUCUGUCUCCUUUUUACGCACUAAUAACUGAGUCUUUCCACAUUCGUUUGAACUGAAGCACAGGAGGUGGCCCCCAGCGAGACGCAGCCUCACUGUGCAAGUCUGGUGCCUUUUUCAAAUUGCUUUGAGUUUUUUUUUUUUUAAAGUGUAUAAGUUUUAGACGAAGAGCAUGGCUGAUGUGUGUCGGGGAGUGAGCGUGAGUCGAGAUCGGGUGUCCACUUAAUUUUACGCCGGGCUGCACAUUGAAGGUAAACUUUUUGCACAGAAGAAUCUUCCCUAUCCACAAACUGAGGCGGGCGACUGUCACACUGAAUGAUGAGAGUUUUUAUGAUGGAAAAAUUGUUGUGUUUUGUAUGGUUGCAGCUGUGUGAAUGAAUUAAUGUCUCGCGUAGACAGUGGAGUAUGUUUGUAGAUGUGGUCCAUCCCCACAUACUUCUGCCACUCGCAUCCAGUCUCAUGUUAUAUCCGAUGUUAUAAUAGAAAAAGAAAAGAUUUCCCCUAUUUAAGUGCCUUUUUGAGGAGUUUCCUGUAGAUGGCUCGAGGUGAUUGAGACGAUUCCCGGUGACACACAAAAACACAAAGAGGCACGUUUCCCUCACACCACAGCACCCAUCGACACAGUCAGUGACUUCAUGAUUAAAAACAAUGCAUGACUACUCUGCAAGCCGGCAAUAACUUUUCGGGACCCCGUAGUUUUUGUGCACAAUCAUGGCGACACUCACACACACACACACACACACACACACACACGUGUACACUUUCUAAGCGAAUGUAUGUAAUAUACAAAAAAGCAAAUAUGUCUAAAGACAAUCUCUUUGGUGCCUGAUUUUAGUGUGUCUGGGUAUGUGUAUGUGUGUCGUGUGCACAGGAAGAGGAGGGGCCCCCUCGUGAUGAGCAGGGCCCCCCGCAAUCACAAAGUCAACCUCAACUUGAAUCUUCAGCCCCUGAGGGGAAUGGGUCGCAUCCUGUCACAUUUUGACACAGCAGAAUUGUGGUGUGCCAUUUGUAUUGUUGUACAUUUUACAGUGUUUUUUAAUUUCAGCAAGUUGCUUCUGAUUUUUCCUUUCCUCUUAAGUUUAAUUUUUUUUUCUGUUGCUUUGAUGAAUGUAUUGGUGUCGACGUAGAGUAGCCGGAAGUUUAAAAUUUAGAUAAAAUAAGAGCGAAAGUGAUUUUAUGAUUUUAUUAGGGUCAACUUCACUGUAUAUAUAAGUAAAAAUGUGGCUGAGAUUAAACGAUUUGCACUUUUA